AAGGAAGAAAUGGGCUGGAGCAAAGGUGCCACCACCCACAUCAAGCUUUCCUUCCUCCUGCGGUUUUAAACUGAAAACGAGUCCUUGAAUCCAGCGGCAGGCUCAGUAUGCUGGCUGGAUUCCUCUCUCUCCUCUUAUUUGGGCUGUGUGCUGGCCACGACCCAAGAAGAGAUGAGUCACUUCCCAGGCCCUCCAUCCAGGCCUGGCCCAGCUGGGUGCUUCCUGCCAAUAGUGAUGUGACACUGCGAUGCUCCACUCCUAUCCGGGAGGUCAGGUUUACUUUCAGAAAGAACAAUGAUGCUUUGGAGAUCUCGCCAUCUCCCGAUUACCCAGAGGGCCUAGCAGAGUUUCACCUCACUGACCUAAAAUCCAGUGAUGCUGGAGAGUACACCUGUGAAUACUAUAUCAUAGAGAGCCCCACCAUAAGGUCACCGCCCAGUGACGUCCUUCUCCUACUGGUGACAGGAAAUUUUCCCAAACCUUCCCUCCAUGCCCACCACAGGGGUGAGGUGACUGCAGGAGAAAAUGUGAUUCUGCAGUGCCAGCAGCCCAGGAAUAUGAUGAACUCUUACAUGUUUGCUCUACUGAAGAAGGGAACCUCAACACCCAUAAAGCUCCAGCAUGCAAUAGGAAUGGAAACAGACUUCUCCCUUCCCAGUGUGACAGGCAGGGACACUGGGGACUACAGCUGUGUGUACUUCCAACCAAGGGCUCCGUUCUGGGCCUCACAGCCCAGUGAUCAGCUCACUAUCUCGGUGGCAGAUUCCCCAGGUGCCACAUCAACCGAUUACACCUCGGGUAACCGUGCCAAAUCAACCGAUUACACCAUGGGUAACAUCAUCCGACUUUGCCUGUCUGCUGUGAUUAUGGUUCUAAUGGUGGCUUUCCUGCUGGAAGUCUGGUGUUGCCAGAAAUGGUCUCCGUGUGGAUCCAGCAGUGAAGACCCAAUUAUUGUGGAAGAAUUAAAGCAGGUCCCACAGCUGCCUGGGGAAACAAAGGGGGUUUGAUCCAGUCAGAUCUACUCAAUCUUAACUCUGUGAAACCUCCAUUCCCAGCCAGCCCAGGACAAGAUGCUGACUUCCUUCUUCCUGCGUGCUUCACCUGGACGAGAUGGCAGCAUUGAGCAGAAAGACUCACCUAACACUUUUAGAGUCACUUGAAAAAAUACUUACAAGUUCAGCAUUGGACUGAGUAGCAGGUACAGUCCCAUGUGCAGGAAGUGUUCUUACAUUGAAAACUGGAAAAGCCAGUCAGUGCGGCUCAGUAGUUGAGCAUUGAUCAAUAAACCAGGAGGUUGUGGUUUGAUUCCCAGUCAGGACAUGUGACCAUAUUGUGGGCUCCCAUCCUUAAUGUGGGCCGUGUAGAGGGCAGCCAAUCAAUUAUUCUUAUCAUUGAUGCUUCUCUCUCUCUCCCCCUCCCCUUUCUUCUCUGAAAUUAAAUAUAUAUAUAUAUAUUUUUUAAACUGGGAGAAAUAUGGGUUCCUCUGUAGUAUUUAUUAAUGAUUUCCCUCCACUGUUUUUCUGCUCUUGUCCAACAAUUGGUCACGUGUUGAAAUUUCUCUAUUGAUCACACAUCUUUUAAAUUUCAUUUCAUACAUUCCAAAAGUUUUACCUAAUUUGGGAGAAGUCCACCCUACAUCAUAUUAACAAUUUGCUCUUGAGUUGUCCCCAGUAUUUCUGGUGCAGGCGUAAAACAUUAUAGAAAUAAUUUUGAGAUGUAAGUUUGUGUCAUCUGCUCCGUUCACUGUGUUGGGCCCACCAGAUCACAGAUACGUCUCAUUGCCUCUCAUCAUCACCGCUGAGUGCCUCUUUUCAUGCUGCUGCACUGUGUACGUGAUGAGGCAGAGAAAGGCGUUCCUGUCCACUGCACUUCUCAGGGCACCUGGAUGCCUGGGCCUCCUGGGCUGUGUGUCUGUUGCUGAACGUCUCAGUGUGGGGAUCUCUGUGCUCUUAGGCAGCAGAAGUGUUCCAUACCUUCCACUCA